ACCAAAAAUAAGACUUUAUUCAGUGUUCACAAAGUUUUUCCUUUCUCCUUGCAUACCAACUGUUUGAUUCACGUCUUGUAAGCACUUGUCAUCACUUAAUCCACCCUGAAAGAGGAUAUUUCAACCCACUCCUUCCUUAUAUUGUUUCGUUGCCAGGAAUAAAGACUUGAGAAUCAAACUCUUUAUCUCUCCACAGACAAAUAAACCAUCAAAACCUUCAUCUUUCUGCUUCUUGGAAACAUGAAGCUGUUUAAUUAGAAUCUAACGGGACAGGUCGGGAGCGGGUUUAGCUCCCUCUAUCUCCAUCCUUGCAAAAGAUGGGACAGGUUUGGGGUCGGGUUUACAAGACACGAGGAUAAAAAAUUUAAACUCUACCCUUGGGAUCCUGCCUCAUAGUUGGCUUCUUAAUAUGUUUCUGACUUGGUUUUAGUAAGGAUUCACCUUUUCUUAUAUCAGUUGGUGGAAACUAUAAAUUGUGGCUGGAGUUGGAUAGGAACGGAGCAGAACAGAACUAUAGUAUCUCAUCUCUCUUGAUAGUAGAAGUGGUGCUGACUUUCUUGUGAUCAGUGAUGCUGGUGAAAUCUCUCUCACUUCAUUCUCAUGCCUUCUCAAGUUGCAGUUUUUCUGCAAGUGAAAUUGGAACAAACCCAAGUUGGGUUCCCUUAAAGUCCUUAAAUAGCCUCUGCUGUUCCUCCAAGCCUAGAAAGUUAUGCAGAUUUUUGUGUCUGAGCACUCAAAAUGGUGGCUUCAGAGAAAACUCUGGUGAAGUUGGACUUGGAGAUGCAGUGAUAAUUGUGGAUCAUGGCUCGCGUCGCAAAGAGUCAAAUCUCAUGCUUAAUGAAUUUGUGGAGAUGUUUAAGCAUAAAACUGGGUAUGAGAUUGUGGAACCUGCUCAUAUGGAAUUAGCAGAACCAUCAAUAAGAGAUGCUUUUCAAUCUUGCGUUGAACAAGGUGCUCAUCGCAUUAUUGUUAGUCCCUUUUUUCUCUCUCCUGGAAGGCAUUGGACUCAGGAUAUUCCUUCCUUAAGUGCAGAGGCAGCAAAGGAACACCCAGAUGUGUCAUACAUUGUAACUGCACCCCUUGGAUUACAUGAACUACUUGUGGAUGUUGUGAAUGAUAGAAUCAAACAUUGCUUAAAGCAUGUGGCUGGAGAUGCAGAUGAGUGUUCAGUUUGUUCUGGGACUGGUAAAUGCAGGCUCUAUUAAUUUGUGAAACUAGAUUGUUUUGGAUGCUAUUAAAUGAGGCUGGAAGUCGAGGAAUCUGUAAAUUGGGUUGCAACUGUUCUGAAGUUGUUAUUACGACGCACUUGAACUUUGCUUCAUGUUUGGUUCGACGUGACUUCUUGAGGAGCUUCGUUUAUGUUUCUUACUCCAAGUUGUAUCAGUAUUUAACAUUAAUGUUGAGGUUUCGCUUACCCAUUUGCAAAUCAUCAAGAAACUACCCAUCUUUCUCUCUAUUUAUUUGUGAUUUGUGUCAAAAUAAAUAAAUGAAAUGAAAUUAAGAAUCUGCCUUAUUUGCUCGA